AUGGAAGGCUCAGAUCCAUUUGAUGGCGAUGAGGACGCCGCUCUUCGCUACGCAAUCGCUCUUUCACUGCAGGAUGCAGAACAGGACAAACCCAUUGAGCUGAGCUCCGACGACGAUUCUGACGAUUUGGACAAAGCGCCUAUUACAACGCCGGCGAUGGGCGGUCUUGCCGCUCUUGACCGGAAAAAGAUGGAAGAAGAGCGCCUGGCCAGACAAGGCAAGCGUAAAGCACCUGAUUCCGAGCAGGACACCCAGGGUGACAGACAAAGGCUCAAAACCGGGCCAUUGCCAACCAUUGAGAGAUUGGGCAUGACCAGCAAAGCAAACCCGACCUUGGCCAACCCAAAUUCACAAGGCCUCCCUUUCCCCAGGGGGGUGGUGAAGAAGACCUGGGCGUACGGCUACCCCCGAACAGGCGACGACAUCAAAAUCGAAGAAGUCUUGCAGAAGAACGAAUUGGAACUCGCCGUCAUCAGCUCCUUCCAGUGGGACGAGGAGUGGAUGCUUUCCAAGAUUGACAUCAAGAAGACGAAGAUCGUCUGCAUCGCCUUUGCCUCUAGUAAGCAACAGCAAGAUGAGAUGACGGAAAAUGUCCCCAAGGGCUCUGCUAUCAGAUUCUGCUUUCCGCCAAUGUUGCCGUACGGCAAUAUGCACUCCAAACUACAGAUUCUGAAGUACCCCAAAUAUCUACGACUCGUCGUGCCCAGCGGCAACCUUGUGUCUUAUGACUGGGGCGAAACUGGUGUCAUGGAAAACAUUGUCUUCAUUAUUGACCUGCCACGAAUCGAGGACCCGAAAGCGCGAGAAGAAAACCAACUUACCAUGUUCGGCGACGACCUGCUGUAUUUCCUGGAAGCCCAAGGCUUACAGGAGGGUCUGGUUAACAGUCUCAAGAAUUACGAUUUUUCGGAGACGAGCCGUUAUUCUUUCGUUCAUAGCAUUGGCAAGACCCACACUGGCGACAGCUGGAAACGCACAGGCUAUUGCGGACUUGGUCGUGCGGUGACUGCCCUAGGACUCGGCACCCAAGAGGAUGUAGAGAUCGAUUUGGUCACGUCGUCACUUGGUUCGGUCAACAAAGACCUGGUGGCGGCUAUCUACUACGCUGCAAAAGGCGAUGAUGGCAUGAAAGAAUAUGGCGAGCGAACCACGAAGACUGGCAAAGGAAAAGCCGAAAAGCCGUCUGCCUCGACGAUAUGGGCAGGAUACCGGGACCGUCUUCGGUUGUAUUUCCCCUCUCAGGACACUGUGGCCAAGAGCCGUGGUGGCACACAGUCUGCGGGCACCAUCUGCGCUCAGUCGAAGUGGUGGGACGCUGCAACAUUCCCGCGAGAGUUGGUCCACGACUGUAAAAGUGUAAGAGAUGGUUUGUUGAUGCACAACAAGAUCAUGCUUGUGCGACUCCGUCAAGCUGGUAAGGGGCCACCCGCCUGGGGGUACGUUGGAAGUGCGAAUCUUUCCGAGAGUGCUUGGGGUCGCUUGACCAGAGACAGACAGACUGGCAAGCCAAAGCUUACGUGUCGGAAUUGGGAAUGCGGUGUCAUCAUCCCCACGGCUGAUGGCGGACAGACAGCAACGGGAAAGGGUGAUUCCAGCGUUGGAAUGUCUGUGUUCUUGGGCAGCAUUCCGAUUCCCAUGGUUGUCCCUGGUGAAACAUAUGGGCAGACUGGUUCGAAGCGGCCCUGGCUAUUCCUCGAGAAUUGAGCUGUUACCGAUGACCGUGUUCCAGCUUCCAGAUGGACGGUUGAUGGCCGCCGAUAGAAAGGGACCUUGGACGAAGCGGUUUAAUUGCCAUUCUUAAGUAGAGUCAGACACGGACGUAUCAGCAAUUAACAUUAUGUUGUUGUAGAAACAGUGGUAAUGUCGGCUUGCGAGGUUCACUGUAGGAUGGAAGUGGGGUGACGGAGUGAGAGCUCUGGCAGCUGCGCGAUCCAAGCUCCAAAACUCCAUCAUCGCGAAAUCUGUAGCCAUUCUGACAUCAGACCCCUCC